GUUUUUUCCAACAUAAAAAUUGUUUAACAAGGAAGUGCUUCAAUCCACAGAAUUUGGUUUUGUGAUGACUAACACCAAGUUCUUGUGCAACUUCAUUCCUAUUUCGUUUUGACAUACACAAAGGAACAUAAUUUAAAACUCGAAGCAAGUCACAACAUUAAUUUAUUUUACAGGUCAAAACGAAUUUUUUUCAAAAGCAAUAACCAUUGCCAUAGAUUACAAUAGCAAUGAGGUCUCGAAUAGUGAGAGAUGCAGUUGUAUACCGUGACCAUGUCCAAGCAAUAAAAUCUGGUUUUGCAUCAACUAUUUUCACUUGUAAUCAACUCAUUCACAUUUAUUCUAACCAUGGUCUUUUUCAAGAUGCCCACAAACUGUUCGACGAAAUUUCCCACCCAAAUGUGUUCUCUUGGAAUGCCCUUAUUAGGGCAUACAUCAAAGCACACAACUUGAGACAAGCACGAGCUGUUUUCGACUCUGCCUCUAAUAAAGAUUUGGUUUCUUAUAAUUCCAUGUUGUCGGCUUAUGUUGGUGCUGACGGAUAUGAAACUGAGGCACUCGAUUUGUUUGCUAGAAUGCAAUCUGAACGUGACACAAAAGGGAUUGACGAGUUCACUCUUACAACCAUGCUUAACUUUACUGCCAAGUUACGUGUAGUGUGUUAUGGGAAGCAGAUGCAUUCAUAUAUGGUGAAAACUGCAAGUGAUUUAAGCAAGUUUGCAUCGAGUUCUCUUAUUAACAUGUACUCUAAAUGUGGUUUGUUUCGUGAAGCGUGCAAUGUGCUUAGUGGUUGUGAUGGGGUGGUGGACUUGGUUUCAAAGAAUGCAAUGGUUGCUGCUUGUUGUAGGGAAGGAGAGAUGGACAUGGCUUUAAAUGUCUUUUGGAAAAAUUCUGAAUUGAAUGAUACUGUGUCUUGGAAUACAUUGAUUGCAGGAUAUGCUCAGAAUGGCUAUAUGGAUAAAGCACUUGCCUUGUUUGUUGAGAUGACUGAAAGAGGUAUUAGGCAUGAUGAACAUACUUUAGCAAGUGUUUUAAGUGCCUGCUCUAACCUAAAAUGUUUGAAACUUGGCAAGUGUAUCCAUGCGUGGGUGUUGAAAAAUGACUUCAGUUCAAAUCAAUUCAUUAGCAGCGGCAUCGUAGACUUAUACUGUAAGUGUGGGAAUAUUAGGUAUGCGGAGUCAGUAUAUGAAGGAAUUGGCAUUAAAAGCCAAUUUGAAGUUGCUUCAUUGAUUGUAGGCUAUUCAUCUCAAGGCGACAUGACGAAAGCCCAAAGGCUUUUUGAUACUCUAUCCGAAAGAAAUUAUGUUGUCUGGACAGCUCUAUGUUCCGGCUAUGCCAAAUUGCAACAAUGUGAGGAAGUCUUUAAACUUUUCAGAGAGUUUAUAAUUACAGAAGCACUAAUUCCUGAUGCAAUGAUCAUCAUCAGUGUGCUUGGUGCAUGUGCAACGCAAGCCAUCCUUUGUUUAGGAAAGCAAAUUCAUACGUACAUCUUGAAAAUGAGACUUAAUAUGGAUAAAAAAUUGCUGAGUGCUAUGGUUGACAUGUACUCAAAAUGUGGUAAUAUCAUGUAUGCCGAGAAAAGCUACCAACUAAUGACUGAUAAGGAUAGAGAUGCAAUCUUAUACAAUGUCAUGAUAGCUGGUUAUGCUCAUCAUGGUUUUGAAAAUAAAGCUAUUCAGCUUUUUCAGGACAUGUUGAAGAAAAGAGUCAAGCCAGAUGCAGUCACUUUUGUAGCACUUCUAUCUGCUUGUCGGCACCGUGGACUAGUAGAACAAGGAGAGAAAUUUUUUAUUUCAAUGAAAGAAGAUUACAAUGUACUACCCGAGGUAUACCACUAUGCCUGUAUGGUUGAUAUGUAUGGAAGGGCCAAUCAAGUAGAAAAGGCACUAGAAUUCAUGAGGAAGAUUCCCAUACAGAUAGAUGCUACAAUUUGGGGAGCAUUUGUUAAUGCUUGUCAGAUAAACAAAAAUACAUCACUUGUCAACAAAGCAGAAGAGGAACUAUUAAAAAUUGGGGCAGAUAAUGGGUCUCGGUUUGUGCAAUUGGCCAAUAUCUAUGCUGCUGAGGGGAAAUGGGAUGAGAUGGGAAGAAUAAGGAAGAAAAUGAGAGUGAAGGAGGCAAAAAAGCUUGUUGGUUGCAGUUGGAUAUAUGUGGAUAAUGGUACUCAUGCAUUUACUUCUGGGGAUACAUCUCAUGCAAAAGCAGAUGCAAUAUAUUCAACUUUGAUGUGCUUGAAUGGGAAAGAACUGAAGCAACUUCAUGAAAUUGGGGGUGAUGUUUUUGUAGACAUAUUUUGAUACUAAACACUUUAAAAAUUGAAAUUAUUUUUCCAUCUGGGAAUAUUAAGAUCAUCAUUCAAUGCAGCAUUCUUAUGGAUGCCAUUGCAGCAAGGAAUUGAAUAAGUCCAUCUGCGUUUUAGUAGUACUAAGAAAGUGAUUGGAUGACUAUACUUAUUUAUGAACUCACAAAGAGAGAAGCUGUCAGAAAGUCUUAAGAAGCAGACUCCUACAUCUUUGGGCCAAUUCAAACGUAGACACUGAAGCAGUGAUGAUAAACUGCCAGACGCAUAUGGAAAAGCUAUAUUAUUCCUUUCAAAGAAGGUUUGUUUGCUUAUAAGUUCUAUGAAGGCACGGAUUCAAGUAAAAAUAAGGUGUUCUUUAUCCUAUAUGAUCGACAAUAUCUCAUAUUUGGUGACACAUGGAACACAGAGAAGGACUAACGCUCAGUAAUUAUGAAUUCAUGAAAGUUUUUGGUGGAUGCCCUAUCAUCUUUAAGAAUUCAGGUAAAGUGGAAAUAUAGGAGCAUGCCCUGGGUUCUUAUUGGCAGGUUUGUUUGCAAGCACAUUGAGGAGCCAGGAGAAAGUCAGCUCCUUUACUCUUGUUGGUUGAUUUUAUCAUUUGUUGUUGCUGCUGGUUGGCUCUGCUGUUUGUCCAGCCUUCUGCUGCUUGUAAGAUAUUCUGCAGGUAUUAAGUUUCAGAUACCACCCACAAUGUGAAGCCAGGAAUUCUUCAUCUAUACAUGUUUCUGAAGGACUUGUGAAAUAUACAUGUUUCUGGAGAUGUUUUUUAUACAUUUUCUUGUUACAUUUGUCAUCAGUUAAUAAUUUAGGACUCAAAUAUCUGCUUCUUUAUUUUAAUCUAGAUAGAAAUGUACUGAUUCCUAAUCAAAAUAAAACAAAAAAAACCUGGUUUU